UGUAUUUUGUUCCGUCGUUCACGUAGGACCGGCAAAAUGGACGAUAUAGCGUCAAGGGUUCCCGAUCAUGUUUUAGAAGUGAUAUUUUCCUACUUAAAAUUGCACGAUUUGCGAAAUUGUUCCUUGGUGUGUAAGAACUGGUAUAGAAUUUUGAACGAUGAGAAUAAUGAUGUAUGGCGGUUACACUGUAUUAGAAAACUCGCUGAAGAAGCGCUCAAGUCGGAUUUACUGUCAUCGGUUCCCACCUAUAAAGCCAAAUUACGAGCUUUUUACCAUGCUUGGAACCCUGACGAUUGUUCCCGCAAUAUUUACAUCAAACCAAACGGGUUCACUUUGCACCGAAAUCCAGUCGCUCAAAGUACAGAUGCCUCUCGGAGUAAGAUAGGAUUCCGCCAUGGACGUCAUGCGUGGGAGGUAAUUUGGGAAGGUCCUUUGGGAACCGUAGCUGUGAUAGGAAUAGCAACGAAAGAAGCAUCUCUACUCUGCCAAGGGUAUGUAGCUCUACUUGGUUCCGACGAACACUCUUGGGGAUGGAACCUUGUCGACAAUCAUUUGUUACACAAUGGGGAUGCACAAGGCAAUUAUCCUCUUCUUAACAACGCUCCAAAGUAUCAGAUUGGUGAGAAAAUAAGAGUAAUACUGGAUUGUGAUGACAACACACUGUCCUUUGAAAAAAACUAUGAAUUCCUGGGUGUAGCGUUUAGAGGAUUACCCGACAAGAGAUUAUACCCGUCCGUAUCGGCUGUUUAUGGUAAUACAGAAGUUUCAAUGGUAUAUCUUGGACCACCUUUGGAUGGCUAACACUUUUUGCAAAAUUUUGAAGUAAACUUGCAACACUCUCUCAAGCAUGUGCCACGCGAGGAUAGUCUGUUAAAAUAUAUCUACGUUUAAGUAGAACUUCCACUAAGGCGAGUCCAAAAAAACGCGUAUAAAUAAUGGAUAAGUGUAAAAAAUGAGCAUCGCAAUUCGAAGCAUUGGCGACAAUUGCGUACAUAGCUUGUUUAUUGAACUGUUUAUACCGUAGAGCAUUAAUUUUCUGAACAUCAGUUAUCCAAAAUAUUAAUUAUCAGAGCAAUGAUUCGGUUUAUCCAAAUCGUCAGUUAUCAUAAAGAUUAUUUACUUUGAAUUUCCGGUUUUUCGCAUAACAGGCCGCUACAUAUAUUAUUGUGUGACAUUGUAAGCACAAACUUGCACGGCGUACCUCUUCUCCACCUACCAGACAGGAGUUUGCACACAUUUGGCUUUCCAGUGUCAGUUCCUACUCAUCUGCAGAGCUGUGAAAAAAGUGAGCCCCGAUAUUGAAUCUGAUGUUUUAUGUACAUAUUCUAUUACGUUCAACGAAUUAGGGGUUGAUUCCCACACUGUUUGGUUAUACGAAAACUCGAUAAUCUAAAUGAUUGCCACCCCCAAUUAGUUCGAAUAAUAGACGCUCUACUGUAGUUUGAAUCUGGUUAAGUUGCAUUUCACUCACUUGCCAACCAAGCUAGUAUUGGUACAUUGACUCGAUUACCCUUCUAAAUGCUAAUGCUGAUGGUUAAGCAUCGUAGCAAUUGCUAUUGCGUGGAUAUUUUGAGCGCUCGAUUAUGUCCUAUACGUAAUUGAAAAAAUUAUAUUAUUAAUUAUAUUAACUCUACACAGUUAAAUAUGCUCAAAGUCUUUGUAAGUGAGCUUUUGAUUCAUGCAGAAAUGUCAACAUGGAAUUUUGAAGAGUAUAAUUGUGCGAGAAUAAUGUAUAACAAUGUACUGAAGUUCAUUGCUAGUAACAUAACAAUACUGAUUUCAAGAUACCAAUCAAGUCAGUGAUGUAUCCUAUAGCUUGAUUCUAUGAAAGUUCCGGUGAAUUUGUUAUCUUGAAAUACCACAGUGUAAGAAUAAUUAUUUUUUAAGAAAUUGUAUAUUUCCAUAGGCUAUGACCGACUACUUUCUGACAAUUAUAAAUAGCAACCUUUUUAUAAAAGCUAAAGCAGGUAGUGUGUGUGUGUGAGUUAAAAAUUAACAAAGUGGGAGAGACAGUCGUAAUAAGCAAAACAAUGUUCUAAUGUACAUAUUUAUUGGUAAUUAUUACUAUUUAUUAAGAAUUACCCUAGGUAGAAUUCGUCGAUUAUUUUUUCUAAACUUUUGUACAGAAUCGUGUACAUAGUGAUUAUUGCAUCUGUGAAAAAUAAACUUUUUUUCAGAAGUGUCCGUAUGGUUUUAGUUAAGGUGUAUUUUAAAUGCUGUUUGUUAAGUUUGUGCUCAGUGUUUCAAAAUAGUUUAUUACUCAAACUAAUCACAAGAGUAUGCAUUAAACCCGAUUGGUCUUUCCAUUUGAAACUGUGGAAUGCAACGAGUAGUGCCUUUAAUACCGUCAAAUUUUAAUGUGGUUUCACAAAUACAAAAAUACUGACAGAUACGAUACAGGAAGAGAUAUCAGUUACAUGUAAUAUCUCAAAACAUCUAAUUCCACAACAAAAUAUCUCGCAAAAUAACCCCAGCAAUAAUAACCCACAACAAUAAUAUCAUGAGACAAAACUUUAUAACACAAAAUAACCGUAGACAAAACAUCUCGAGGUGAUGGAACACUGUUUUUGUUGUAUGCAAUUUGUUGGUGUGUGUGGGAUUAGUGGGGUUAUUCAGUUCCUGUUCUUUUGUCACGGGUUAUUUAGCUAUGUUAUUUGGUCCCUGUUUAUUUUGUCUCGAGUUAUUUUGUCGUUUGAUAUUCUUGUGACUAGUUAUUGUUUUGUAGAUAGCUGAGAUGGUUAUUUUGUUGUUGAGAUAUAUUCACGUCCCACCGAGGUAUCACUUUAAUGAUAAUUUAAGAUUUAUAUGAUGCCUGGUAAGUUGUUAUUUUUCCUAGUCCUUCUAGCACUGCAAUCUUGUAAUAAUUUUUUAACAAAAUUUUUAGAUAAGUUUUUUUUUUUUGCCAUAAUUCUGCGCAAAAGUUUCAAUUUUGGCUUUUCACUUUUUACUCAUUGAAAGUAUGACGGCCCAUUGGUAACUGCUACUCAUCAGGGUAUUUUGUGAAAUAUAUUUGAAAAAUGAAA